AUGGCGGACUCCAAGGCUGGGGUCAUGGAAGCUUUGAUUAUGGCUCAUGAAGCAACCGUGAAGUCUGAACCUGAAAAUGAUAAUAUCCUUCGUACAAUGGACGUACCUAAGUUUAUCCGCCCGCCAAAGAUCAAGGGAGAACCGUCUCCAGAUCCAGUAUGGUCUCCUUUCUCUCUUUUGUCCAAAGCUCUGCUAAUGCGCGAAAAGGAGGAGUUCGAAGAUUCAAGUGUUACGGACAAGUUGAAGACCGCGAAGUACACGAGAAGCACCCUGGAUUCGUUGAGAAAUUUUUUAGAAGACAAGACAGACCUUUACCCCGAGUGUGACCAGUUCCUAAAGGAGGCCGGUAAGUUUCCGCUCUAGAAAACCGUUUUUUGAAUUUUUACCAGCCAGUGACUGACAAAAUGCAGAGGAGCUUUCCAACCUUACUGUGAGAGGCCAGACCUCGAAUAGCUCAAAGGUGUGGUUUCGAAUAUUCAAUUAAGAAGUGCGUGAAGACUACAUACAUACAAGCUCUUUCUCUAUAUAUAGAGAGAGGAAGAGCUUCUAGAAUAUUCCAAGAAACUGCUUAACAAAUACAUGAUGUCAAGAGAAUAGAACAGAAAAGUAUAGAAUAGAAGAGACUUGCUUGGCAGUGGGGUUAUGGCCAGUGCUGAGCAGGGACUUUGGUCAGUGCUUAGCGAGGGCAUGGCCCGAGCCUCCAUCAUGGGUUCCAACCCUCACACUUACCUCUAUUCCACGUGUGUUGGUAGGCGUGCUUGGUGCUACAGGAUGCGGAAAGUCUUCCCUUAUCAACGCACUUCUUGACGAAAAAACUCUCUUGCCCUGCAAUGCUAUGCGAGCUUCAACAAGUAGUAAGUCAAUUUUGGGUUCACUUAGACUUACGAGCAACGAUGAUUAAAUUCAUUAUUACUUGUUAUUUGCUCGCUAAACAUCCUUAAAAGAGUUUCGAUUGCUAAUUAGUCUAAAUAGCUGUAGUUGAGGUAUCGUACAACAGAUCUCAGAUCCCGAGUCAGCAGUACACAGUGGAAAUUGACUUUGAUAAUAACGAAGAGUUCAUCGAACAGGCAGUUAUUUGGCAGGACGAUAUCAACAACCGUAUGGAUGGAGAGCAAUUAGACUCGUCAAAAUCCAACAGCGACGCUGCUAUUGCCUUCAGCAAGCUCAAGGCAGUAUUUCCGGGAGCUUCCACUGGGUAGCUUGCAUCAAUACCACCCCAAGACUUAUUGAAAUUGAGAGAUCUUUCAGAUGUCCUUGGAAAAACCAAAAUCAUCCACAAAUCGAAAGCCAAAGACAUGCACAAUGUGAUCAAAUCAUACGUUGACAGCAACAACAAGUCGUCUGAGGGGUCCCUUUGGCCUUUGGUAAAGGUAGUCAGACUCUACACGAAAUCGAGCAUUUUGCAGAGCGGACUCGUGUUAGUCGAUGUUCCUGGAGUCGGAGACUCGAAUACCGCAAGGUCUGCGAUUGCGCUUCGCUAUAUGAACAAUCUUGACUAUAUUUUUAUCGUCGCGGAUAUAGUACGUGUAGUUGACGAACAAAUUGCGAAAGAUCUACUUAGUAGAUUAUUCCGCGAUCGUUUGUAUAUAGACAACAAGUACAAUACUAUUGCUUUCGUACUAACGAAGACGGACAUCAUCAACACGGAAGAGGUUAUUGAAUCACUUUACUUGGAAGACUCAAGUAUGAAGUUAGAAACUAAGCAGAUCCGAAAGCUAGAGAAAGCUUUGGAAGUAGUAAGAAAGUAGCGAAAGCGUAAGCGUGGCGGAGAAGCAGUGGAAUUAACAGCAUUGAGCCAGAAGAUCGAAAGUAUUAAACAUUCCCAAAGCGUACUAAAGCUUCAAAUGAAGACGAAAUGUAUCGAAGAACGAAAUAAUUGGUCAUCGGAACGUCUUGAACUCGAUUUUCGGCAAGGUAUCAUAGAGACAUGGUUAGAAAUGGCGGAGUUGGAGGGUGAAAAGACGCCGAGGAAGGAGUACGCAGGUAAGAGAAAUAUACCUUAAUGUUUUCUAUAGAUCUUUACUAAGAAGGCCACAGAGUAUCGUUCAAGCAAGCUCAACGUAUUCUGUGUGAGUUCCACCGCUUUUUAUAAUUUGAAGGGCAAAAUGUAUCUCGAAUACGACAAGGUUGGUUUUGGCAGUCCUGAAGCCACGAACAUACCAGCUUUACAACGCUUCGCUAUUGAGCUGGCAAGCGACGAGAACGAGAAACUGGUUGAUCAUUUUAUUACAAGAUAG